GCCGCGGCCCUAGGCGAGCGGGGCCGCCCGGGCUCGGCGCGCAACGCGGCCGAGCGGGCGGUGGCGCUGCGGAGGCGGCGGCCGAGGCCGGCGGGCGUGGAGGAGGGGCCCGAGAUCGGGGCGGGCGGCCCGCGGCAGCUGCCCGGGUGACGACUGCCGGCAGCGCGGCGCCCUGAGGAGUCCGAGCCGCAGGCCCCCGGCGUCGCGGCCUCGCCAGCGGCCCUCCUCGUCCUUGUCUCAACCUCGCUCGGCGCUGGGGACAUGGGCCCUCGCCGCCGCGGGCCCCGCAUCCCGCGCUGCCCGUAGGCCCCGGUGGCCCGCCGGCUUGUCACCGCCCCUCUCCCCCCAGUCGAGCCGUCCCCACCCCGGGUCCCCGGGAAGGAAGAUGAGGGAAACGGGCCCGGCGAUCGGCAGCCAGAGCAGCAGCAGCAGCAGCGGUCGGGGGAGGGUGUUUCGCCGUUUCCUCUCAGCCUCCAGGACAAGAUGGCAGCGGCCGCCGAGAGGGGCUGAGCCCCGGCUGGGUGGCGCCGCCUGCUGAAGCGCUUGGCUCCGGGUCCCCGCACGGCCCCCGCGACCCAUCCCGGACAUGCUCAGGGCUGCGGCCGCCCGAAGCGGGGAGAGCGCGGGCCUCUAGGAAGGUUUCUGCUGUAAACUACAGCCUCUGAAGUGUAUGGCCUCACAAGUCUUGGUCUACCCACCAUAUGUUUAUCAAACUCAGUCAAGUGCCUUUUGUAGCGUGAAGAAACUCAAAGUAGAGCCAAGCUGUUGUGUUUUCCAGGAGAGAAACUAUCCACAGACCUAUGUGAAUGGUAGAAACUUUGGAAACUCUCAUCCUUCCACGAAGGGUAGUGCUUUUCAGACAAAGAUACCAUUUACUAAACCUCGAGGACACAGCUUUUCAUUGCAGGCAGGAGCCGUUGUUGUCAAAGACACUGCCGGUGCUACAAAGGUCAUAGCACAGCAAGCUGGAGUGGAGACACCUCGGACCGUGGUCUGGAGAAACAGGUUACAUUUCCUAGAAGGUCCCCAGCGAUGUGGAUUGAAGCGCAAGAGUGAGGAGUUGGAUAAUCACAGCGGCGCAAUGCAGAUUGUCGAUGAGCUGUCCAUACUUCCUGCAAUGUUGCAAACCAACAUGGGAAAUCCAGUGACAGUUGUGACGACGACUACAGGAUCGAAACAGAACUGUACCAGCGGAGAAGGCGAUUACCAGUUAGUACAGCAUGAAGUCUUAUGCUCCAUGAAAAACACAUAUGAAGUCCUUGAUUUUCUUGGUCGUGGCACUUUUGGCCAGGUUGUUAAAUGCUGGAAGAGAGGGACAAAUGAAAUUGUAGCAAUCAAAAUUUUGAAGAACCACCCUUCUUACGCUCGCCAAGGGCAGAUAGAAGUGAGCAUAUUAGCAAGACUCAGUACUGAGAAUGCUGAUGAGUACAACUUCGUGCGGGCCUACGAGUGCUUCCAGCACCGCAGCCAUACCUGCCUGGUCUUUGAGAUGCUGGAACAAAACCUGUACGACUUUCUGAAGCAGAAUAAAUUCAGCCCCCUACCCCUGAAGGUGAUCCGACCCGUUCUUCAGCAAGUGGCCACUGCACUGAAGAAGUUAAAAAGUCUUGGUUUAAUUCAUGCUGACCUCAAACCAGAGAAUAUUAUGUUGGUGGAUCCUGUUCGACAGCCAUACAGGGUUAAAGUGAUAGACUUUGGGUCGGCCAGCCAUGUAUCAAAGACUGUUUGUUCAACCUAUCUACAAUCUCGGUAUUACAGAGCUCCAGAGAUUAUAUUGGGUUUGCCAUUUUGUGAAGCCAUAGACAUGUGGUCAUUGGGAUGUGUGAUUGCAGAACUAUUCCUUGGAUGGCCACUCUACCCAGGAGCCUUGGAGUAUGAUCAGAUUCGAUACAUUUCUCAGACUCAAGGUUUACCAGGAGAACAAUUGUUAAAUGUGGGUACAAAAUCCACAAGAUUUUUUUGCAGAGAAACAGAUAUGUCUCAUUCUGGUUGGAGAUUAAAGACACUGGAAGAGCAUGAGGCAGAGACAGGAAUGAAGUCUAAAGAAGCCAGAAAGUACAUAUUCAACAGUCUGGACGAUAUAGUGCACGUGAACACAGUGAUGGAUUUGGAAGGAAGUGAUCUUUUGGCUGAGAAAGCUGACAGAAGAGAAUUUGUUAGUCUGUUGAAAAAAAUGUUGCUGAUUGAUGCAGACUUAAGAAUUACUCCAAUUGAGACACUGAACCACCCAUUCGUUAAUAUGAAGCAUCUUCUAGAUUUCCCUCACAGCAACCAUGUGAAGUCCUGCUUUCAUAUUAUGGAUAUUUGUAAGUCCCACCCAAGUUCAUGUGAAACAAGUACCCACAGUAAAAUGUCGCUUUUACGGCCGGUCGCAUCAAACGGCACCGCUGCUCUCACGGCAAACCUUACUAAAAUUGGGACGUUAAGAAGCCAGGCAUUAACCACAUCUGCUCACUCAGUUGUGCACCAUGGAAUACCUCUGCAGGCGGGAACUGCACAGUUCGGUUGUGGUGAUGCUUUUCAUCAGACCCUGAUUAUCUGUCCCCCAGCUAUUCAAGGUAUUCCUGCAGCGCAUGGUAAACCCACCAGUUACUCCAUAAGGGUAGACAAUACAGUUCCGCUUGUAACUCAGGCCCCUGCUGUACAGCCACUGCAGAUCCGACCUGGAGUUCUUUCACAGCAGACGUGGUCUGGCAGAACACAGCAGAUGCUGAUACCUGCCUGGCAGCAGGUAACACCCGUGGCUCCUGCCGCUGCAACACUAACUUCGGAAGGCAUGGCUGGUUCUCAGAGGCUUGGAGACUGGGGGAAAAUGAUUCCACAUAGCAGUCAUUACAACUCGGUGAUGCCACAGCCUCUUCUGACCAAUCAGAUAACAUUAUCGGCCCCUCAGCCUAUCAGUGUGGGCAUUGCACAUGUUGUCUGGCCUCAGCCUGCCACUACGAAGAAAACUAAGCUGUGCCAGAACAGAGGUAUUUUGGUAAAACUAAUGGAAUGGGAGCCAGGAAGAGAGGAAAUAAAUGCUUUCAGUUGGAGUAAUUCAUUGCAGAAUACCAAUAUCCCACAUUCAGCAUUUAUUUCCCCAAAGAUAAUCAAUGGGAAAGAUGUUGAGGAAGUCAGUUGUGUAGAAACACAAGACAAUCAUACCUCAGAAGGAGAGGCACUAAACAGCCGGGAAGCAUCUGUCAGACAGGACUCUGCGGUUUCAGAUAAACAGCGGCAAACCAUCAUCAUCGCCGACUCCCCGAGUCCUGCCGUGAGUGUGAUCACCAUCAGCAGUGACACUGACGACGAAGAGACCUCACCCAGACAUUCUCUCCGAGAGUGUAAAGGUAGUCUAGAUUGUGAAGCUUGCCAAAGCACUUUGAAUAUUGACCGGAUGUGUUCACUCAGCAGUCCUGAUAGCACUCUGAGCACCAGCUCUUCUGGGCAGUCCAGCCCGUCCCCUUGCAAGAGACCGAACAGUAUGUCAGAUGAUGAACAAGAAAGUGGGUGUGAGACUGUGGAUGGCUCUCCAACAUCAGACUCCUCGGGGCAUGACAGUCCAUUUGCAGAGAGCAGCUUUGUGGAGGACACUCGUGAAAGCACAGAGCUGGGGACUGGUGCUGGCACAAAAGCCAAGCCAGCUGUGGGCACUGCUGUGGAGCCCCCAGUGGGAAUAGAAAGUGGACUGAAUGUCGAUGAGCACAUGACAAACACAGAUUCUACAUGCCAGCCAUUAAUAAAAGGACAGCCUGCCCCCGGAAAGCUGAACCAGCCUUCUGCCUCGGGUGCUCGUCAGCAAAAGCCCCCAUCAGCAUUCCAGCAGCCGCAUUUGAACUUCAGCCAGGUUCAGCACUUUGGAGCCGGACAUCAAGAGUGGAAUGGAAACUUCGGGCACGGAAGACAGCAAGCGUACAUCCCUGCUAGUGUCGCUAGUAACCCCUUCUCUCUUCCCCACGGAAGUCCUAGCCACUCAGCAGUACAUGCCCACCUGGCUGGAAACUCGCACCUCGGAGGACAGCCUGCUCUGCUUCCAUACCCGUCCUCAGCUACCCUCAGUAGUGCUGCCCCAGUGGCCCACCUCUUAGCCUCUCCGUGUACCUCAAGACCUAUGUUACAGCAUCCAACUUACAAUAUCUCCCAUCCCAGUGGCAUAGUUCACCAAGUCCCAGUGGGCAUAAAUCCCCGUCUGUUACCAUCCCCAACCAUUCAUCAGACUCAGUACAAACCAAUCUUCCCUCCACAUUCUUACAUUGCAGCAUCACCUGCAUAUACUGGAUUUCCAUUGAGUCCAACAAAACUCAGCCAGUAUCCAUAUAUGUGAAAACUCUAAACAGUAUAUUGAGGAAGCUCAAUGAUACAAACGUUUGAUUAAAAAUAAAAACAUGGUAUUUAAUAAAUAUUAGCCAUGGCACAAGAAAAUUAUUUUUGAAUCAUGUAGACUUGGGUGCAAUUUAAACAACUUUGAGCUUUAAAAAAACUCUCACUUUUAAUGUGUUUUGCACAUUUGGUAUAACUUGUCUUUGGUCAUGUAUCUUCUUACGUAGUAACUCUAGACAGGUGACUUAUGGGAGCGGAAGUCCAGUUUUGCUCCUGCUAUUUUUUAUAAAAUUGCCUUCUAACUAGUGCAAGACACGUCCACAUUUGGGAAGCCAUUCUGUGUCUAGACUUUAGAGCAACAGAUGCACAUGUGUCAGAAUUACAGCAUAUGAGUGAAUUGUGCUGUCUGUGUCUUAGUGUGUACAUGUUGGGGCACUUAACCUAAGCAAUUGAGCUAUUGUUCUUUACAUUUGCAUGUGUCUUUUGCAUGGGCAAAACGUUGCCUAGACUUGGCUCUUAAUGUUGUAAUAAUCUCAGCUGCAUUGUAAACCGUUCCCACACAUAGUGCCUUAAAUAUUUGAGGUUGUUCAAGUUACACCUAUCUGUAAAUGUUGAGGACUGCAGCACUUAAAAUUCAGACCUACUUUUCAGUUUUCUUUCAGUAGAGUAAUGUUCUUUUUGGCUUCGUGUGUUAUGAUUUCAGAUUGUAGCUGCUUUCCCUUAGUAAGAGGGCAGCAUGUUUGCUAGAGCUGAAUUCUGCUCUCUGAUUUUUUUCAGAAUGAUCUAGCUUCAAGAAAAGCAAGCAGUUAGUAGUGCUUAAGCAAACUUGAUUCAGUAACUAAUGGGUAGUCAAUGUCUGUCACAGCACAGCAUUUUAUAUACUAGUAAGUGACACUGCGAUACAACCUAAGUUUCUUUGGGAGUGUUUGCUGUAUGAUUGGACUCUAUAAAAUGUUUAGAAGUGCAGUAGGCAUGGCUUGAGUAGAUAAUGAAAGAAAAUGCAAAAUGUUCAUUGAUUCAUGAUGUGGUUUCAUCCUAGCUUGGGCAGACCAUGCAGUAUUUAAUACAUAGUAGCAGAUAUUUACUAUUGAAGCUUGAAAAGAUGUGAGUUCUUUGUGUGCAAUUUUUCAUUUAUGCAUGUGAGAAGGUUUUUGGUUUUGGUUAUUUUAAGUAUUUUUACAUUGUAGUACUCGUUUUUGCUUGUUGGUGGUGUUUGCUUAUUUAAUACAUUCCGUCAGGGACAGAAAUUACAUGCUUUUUCUCUUAGGAAGUGUGUAUUGGGUUUUUCCCUCCCCCCUCCCCUUGGUGGUGAUGGUGGUGAUGUUUAAAUGAAGUUGCUUUUACAGCACCAAAGACUUAAUCAUCCAUUUCUUAUAUAAAAGGUAGCUACUUUUUGCAUAGACCUCAAGUAUAUUGUAGUGUAGAAGUGGAAUUUAAGGAAAGGUAUUAAACCAAGGCUGUGUUUUAGCUUCCAGGCAAGUAAUAAAUUGUAUCAUUUAUCUUGAAUGUAUCAUAGAUAAGCUGCUAUAUAACGAUUGCCACUUCAGAUAGCUGUGAAAUUAGGUGAUUAACUAGUUGUUAUUUAGCCUUCUAAUUUCUGUAUAAGUCUAAUUACACGAGAUAGAAGCUGGGGUUUUAAUUUUUUUACUUUGCUUUUCUGUUUGGAGUGUCAUUGUAACUACUGUAUUGUAAAUGAUGGAAACAAUUGCCUAUGUUAUUUUGGGGUGUGUUAUUUGCAUCAGUAUUUUAUCUCUAUUAAUGUUUGUGCUCAUCACUGCAUAUAAAAACUUGGAUGUAUCAAUGUAACUUAAUUUUUUUAUUUUCAUACUGGCAUUGUAGACACUUGAGAAAGCUGUAUCUUGCAGGCUUGACUUAACUUUUUUUUCCUUAAAAGUCUGGAAUAUAAACUUACAGCAUUUACUGGAAUAAGCAGUACAAAACAUUUGAGUGUAAAACUCCAAAUGUUUUGGACUGACACCAUUUCUUUACUAAGCAAGUUGCAUACCACAAGUACAGCUCUAGUGCAGUGCUGAUUAUAAGCUAAUGAUACAUUUUUCUUUACUCCAUUGACAUAAGCAGUGUUUUAUUUAAUAAUCAUCUAAGACAUAAACGUGCCUGAAGCUGAUUUUAAAAAUUACAGUAUUAGAUCAUAAAGAAAAACCAGCAGCACAUUUUUAGUCACUGAAAAUGAAGGACUUGAUUCCCCCACAGGUUUCAGUGUUUUUAGUAAUUGACUCUAUGCAUUUUGUACACAUAGAAAUGUAUAUAACACACAUUACAAGUGGAGUAGACUGAGAUUAACUUGGGCUGUCUACAGAUGACACAUUUGGAGACUCUGUUUAAGUAACUGCUGCUCUUCUCACUUGAGCGUGGCCCAGCAAGUUACUGCUGUCUACUCACAUUUUAGAAAAGCGUUAGUGCUGGUGACGGCUGUUUCAGGAACACCGAGUACAAAGAUUGAUUGUCACAACAGGCACAGAAGUGGCCCGUAAGCUGUGCUUACUGCCCAGAAACGAUGCAUUUUCUGUCUUUAAGUUCAUGACUAGAGCAGCCUUGUUCAGUUGACAGCACGUGGUAACAGUCAGCAUUUCCAUACCGCAGUAGUGCUUUUUAAAGGCAUCUCUUAGUUAACUGCAAUCAUGAGCUUUUUAACAUGUUUCAAAAUUUAAAACUUCAGAAUCCCCCUGAAGUCCAAUUUUAGCAUAGUGGCAGAAGAAUCUGGAUUUUAUCCUUUUAAAACUAUUUUAAUAGUUUUGUUUUAAUGUUUUCUUAAAUAAAACACUGCAUGAUUUCCAAGUUGCAUAUUUGUGUGCUAAUUUGCAAGUGAAUUUUUAAUCAAUUAUUUUGAUAUUUAGUUUUUUUUUUCUUCAGGGUAUUAAUAUGUUACUCUGUUAGCAAAACCUUUCAUUUUAAUACCUCUACUGCUAAUUUUAAACUUGGCUUGUGUUCUGUAAAAGUUACAUCAUACACUGCAAGGUGUAGGAAGAUUCAUUUUAAUGAUCCCUUUAUAGAUCCAAUGACUUAGUUUGAACUGUUAACUGUUGAGCAGUUUUACUCUUGUGGCUUUUCUCUUUGGUUUGUUUUUGCUUUUACUUCUAUGCUACACUAGUUUGCCAUGUAGCAAUUGCACUGUGCAAUAUUACAAUAAGGACUGGGAAAAUUUUUAUGGAUGUAAUGUCUAUUACAGUUUGCGAUAGUAUUUCUCUCUAGUUCUCAGUGAUUUAAAUGUGACCAAGCCUUCUGUACUUUGUCACAAAAAGCGGGUUUUCCAGGUGACUAUUUUGGUGAGUGUCAAAAUAAGAAUUUAUGGUGUAUUACUGUUGAUUCACUUUGAAUUAAAAUAUAUAUAUUGC